AUGGAUCUGCAACCGCCGUCGGUGCUGGCUCAUUUGCCUCGCCCGUUGCAUGCCUCUACCGGCAAAACCCACCUCGGCGAAGUCCAUAGCUUGGCCGACUCGAAAAAGCGCAAGAGACAUGAAGUGGUCGUGGCAGUGGAUGGCGAGGCCGUGAACAUCUACAACAUCCAAACACCGAAGUUGGUGACCUCCUACGCCGUUCCACCGCAAUCCUCGUUCUCUUGCCAGCCAUGCUCGGUCCGCAGAAAGAUCCCGAAUAAGUCUGUCGUCAGAAGACAGACUUACGUCGCCGUGAAGCAGCAGAUCAAAUCUUUCGUGGAGGAAAAUGGUGGGAAUGUGGCCAGCGCCCCCUCUAUCGCUUCGUCUUCUUACUCCGUGAAGGAUUCGGAAAGCCCUGCGGUUUUCGUUGGCAUUGUUCCAACCGAAUCCCAGGGAGAUGAAGAGGAAGAAUCGUUCGAUGUUCUGGCUGUUCAUCAGGACGGUCGUGUGCGCAGACUGUCUUCGGACCUCAAGACCCAACAUUGGAGUUUGCGCCACAGCGAGGUCGCAAAAACCAACGCAACCCAUGAGAUCCGCUCAUGUUUCCUCGUCGAAUUCGAAGAUGCGAAGAAGUCUCUGUUCAAACGCAGACAAGACCUGGCGGCUCUGGCCUUCAGCAACCUCACCGAGUCUGGUGUCGAUGAGCCUUCUGUGCUGCUGCUUGUUUCGCACCCCACCGGUUCAGAGCAGACCAAGCUAAGCGACGUGAAGGUCCAGAUGUUUUCCGUUCCAGCCAACGCAUCCCAGGGUCAUGACGAAAGUCAAAAGAUGCGCCACCUUCUCACCGUCAACAUGCCUGAUGUAGAGGGACAGGAGGCAAUCGAGAGCCGGGGCUCGCAGUGGUAUUUCCACGCUGGAUCGGCCGGGUUGAACCUGUCGUUUGGACGGGGUUACAUCAACUUCGAUCUCUCUCAGUACACUCCCACCGUGACUUCGAAGUUCAUCCUCGAGAACGAAGAAUUCUCGUCCGUUAUGCGCAUUUCGCCCCAGUCGGUAAUUGGCGCCGGCAAGUCCAUGAUCGCAGUCUACGACACACAAUACAAGUCAGUGCAGCGGAGCAUUGCCGUCGGUGACGUCCCAGCCAGUGCCUCCUCAGGCGUGAAGGCGCGCACCACAUUCGUCAGUUACUACGCCAAAUUGGGAGUCGCCAUCGCCACCAAGGACAACACUCUGUUGGCAUUCGAUCUGAGCCCGUCGCAUAAUGCUGCGGGAACAUCCCUCAAGCGCUCGAGAGAUGGCCUGUUGAUUGACGCUAUCGGCCGUGGUAUCGGAUCCUCUGCCACUCAAUGGGACCCUGCCACGAAGAAGCAUCGGACCGAACACACAGCAGCUUUGGGUCUCACAUCACCAGAACAAGUCGAACGCUGGAACCAGCUGACUGCUGAGCUGCGCCAGUGUGCCGCGUCCAAGAACACCGAUGGUUUUGACCGUGCAGUGCAGGCUUACUUCGGCUCCAAGGGCCUUCCUUCACCCGAUACAUAUGUCAACCCAGAGACGACGGUCUUCUUGUUGUCCCUGAUAUUCUCACUGAAAGAUGAUGCCGAAAGCCAUGACCAGUUGUCCGCCUCGUCUGCCUUCCGCGUGUCCGUCGACCUGUGGCCUCAGCAAACCUGCCAAUGGCUCAUCCAAAUCGGCCAUAUGUCCGUGAACAACGUCGAGAUUGCGCUGCGCCGAUCCUUCAAACCCCGUAUCCUCCCAUCUCUCCCCACCGGAUCGUUCGUCCAAGGCCUGACCGACUCGGAUCCGUCUCUGCAACGCCUCAUCGACGUCCUCCAGGGCCGCGUCCUCUUUUCCACCGACGAGCUCGCCUACAUCCUCAAGUUCCUCAUCAACACAGCUCGCGCCCGCUCCAUCUCACUAGACGAGGAAGUCCCGAAGGCUCUCACCAACGGCGAAGACCAAGACACCAACACCACCCAGGCCCUCACCAUCUCCACCCCCGCCGAAGCCAGCCUCGCAAACAUCUUCCUCGCCCUCAACACCACCCUCCAGAAGAUUCACCUCCACCCCCUCCCCGCCAUCACCUCGUCUAUCCGCUCCGCCCUGUCCCGCACCGAAAUCAUCUCCAUGGUCCACCAUCUCCGCCUCUCCCUCGCAACAGGCGGCUACACCUCCCGAUUCACCGAAUCGCCCCCGAUCCCCGUCCCCGCCGAGCAAACCAACCCACCCCUCUCCCUCUCCACCAUCAUCGACCUCCUCAACGCCUCCGUCGACGCUAUCGGCCCCUCGGGCUGGAUCUCCGCCACCGCCGGCCUCGACGACUCCCCCGCCCGCGACCAGGAACUGAUCGCCGACAUGAAAUCAGAGAUCUCCGCCGCCCUCGCCGGCGUCGAAGAGGCCACCUACCUGAAGGGAAUCCUCAACGAAUACCUCCGCUACGCCACCAGCGCCAGCCGCUCCGCACCCACAGCCGUGACCAUCGACUCCGGCAGCGACACUCCCGCGUCCGCAAUGGUGCGUUGCGAGAAGUUGAACGGCGCCGACCUGAUGGUCUUCGGUGCCACGGAAAACGAUGAAGGAUUCGAGGGAGAUGCCAGCGGCAAGUUGCUUCCGUUGUCGUUGAAGGCGGAUUCGAAUGAUGUUAGCAAGACGAAGGUUAAGUUGUCGACGGGUGAGGUCAAGACGAGGAGUAGUAGAGAGAUUGGAUACCUGCGUCGGAAAGCUGCGGGCAAGUACUCCUUUGAGAGACUUAUUGUAUAG